AUGGAGUGCUUACAUUUACAGAACAAGAUGAUCGAGGAGUUCACCCGCUGGCACCUGGCACCGAACGGACCCACGUGCCCUGAGAACAGAUCAACAGAGCGGAUGGUUCGAUCAACAGAUGAAGCAGAUGAAUCAAGCAAACCAGACGGCGAUAGAGGAAGGGGGCAACAUACAAUUUUUGUAUUACUGGAAACCACGAUGAUUGGGCUUUUGCUUUUGGCCAUUGAGAAUUGGAAACGUACGACAAAGCAUGUUGGAGCUAGAAGCAAGGAAGAUAUACAAGCUGGUCAUGCUUUUCUCUAUGCGGUAUCUCCUACAACUAAAAAGAGUAAAAGAUGGACAUUUUUUUGGUGCAGCAAUAGUUUCGUCCGUCUGCCUCCUCGCCACCUGCGAACGCGACCCACGGCUCAUAUUAUAGGAAACAUAUAUUCCUUCUCUUCUUCCCGUCCCGCUCGCCAUUCCUUCCUCCUGCUCGCAUUUAUCUCCCUCCUCUCGAUCCACGCAGCUGCCCGUGCACCGCGCACGCCGGUGGCCGCGCCCCCGCCGCGCGCCCGCUGCUCGCGCGGUCGCGCUGGUGCCCGCUCCUCUCUAUCUCCGGUAGCCGAGCGAGCGGCCGCGCCGGUGCCCGCUCCUUUCGAUCUCCGGUGGCCGAGCGACCGUGCCGCGUCCACGCGGACUUUGGUGGCCCUCCUCUCGAUCUCCGGUUGCCGAGCGACCGCGCUGCGCGCGCCCGCGCGGACUCUGGUGGCCGUGUUGCCCGCGCGAACUCCCGCGUGCCCGCUCGUCGGCCCGCGCCGCGCUGCCCGCGCACCACGCACGCCGGUCGCCGCGCGCCCGCUGCUCGAGCGGCUGCGCCGGUGCCUGCUGCCCGUGCCGCGAACGCCGGUGGCGACUGCGACCCGCUGCGACCCUCCGGUCGCCGCGCCUAGCGUCUCAGCAGCGGAGGUGGCGUGUCAUCCUGGUGGCUUUAGGCGACGCAACAUCCCGGUGGCACAGGCGACGCGACGUCCCACUAGCAUAGGCGCCGCCAUGUCCAGCGGCGUGUGCAUGCCGGAGGUCGGAGCAUGUAUUUAUCUGCUGAUUUAUGUCUCGGAUCGGGUUUCAGGGCUCCAAAUUUUUGGGAAAAAGUUUUGAUGUCCAAAUUAGGGUCUUGGAAGUCCUAUAUGCACGGUGGCAGGGGUGUUCGAUGCGGCACCAGAGCAAGCGGUCGCACAGGAUGCGGCACCAACGCGGGCUGCGGCGAUGGCGCAGGAUGAGGCACCGGCCUCGUGGCGCGGUGACCCAACAUCGACUUCCCCCGAUAGCUUCGCUGUUGUCAUCGCCAGUUGCACAUACCAGGUUUCUAUAAACAUAUCUAUGAGGUGAUCACUCUUGCUCUCACCACCAAUACCAAGAAUAAUGGGGUCAUGGUACAAGGAAUUUCUGGAGACAAAAUAUAGUGCCAAAUUUGUUGGCUUUUACUUUCUCAGCUAUUAAUAGCACUAUCUUAAUUUCUGAGUUGAUGAGAUGGCUUACACAUAGAAUUAUUCCUUUCCUCUUGAGGUCUCAUAGAUAGCCAAUCUGGAGCUAUGAUGUGCAUCCUAGCAGAUACCAAUUUGGAGGUAAAUAGAACUAAGAAUGACAUGUAGACUAAAUAGAGCUAUCUAGCAGUGCAGUCUGGAACAUGCAACUAAAUGCUUGCAUAUAUUUAGAUGAUUACGCAAUCCCAUGGUUCAUUCGUGAUUAGAUAUCUUUGCUUGAUCUAUCAAAUAAAUAGCAGACUUUUCUCUGUUACCUAUACAACUUGUCUAUAUGCUUAUGUAGAGACUAAAAGUGGAUCCUCUUUUAUUAAGUUGGAGUCUGUUUGAUGAAACUCCAUCCAACAAACAUUCUAUACAACGAAGGAAGCUGUUAGUUUCAGGUGGCCCCUAGCAUCCCCGUGAUCUGCAGGUAGAGUUCUUGGCUAAAUUUGGACUGGAUAAGUAAUUUGAGGUGACUGGUUGUUGGCGGCACGAUGGGCAUCUCUGUGAAGUGGCUCAAAAUCAUUAGUUGGGUCGAGAAAGGUGGAGCAGCAGCAUCAGCAUCGUAUGGAGGAUCCGGAUGUUGGAGUUGGACCUGGACGAAUGGACUAAAUGAACAGAUGUCCUGAAAAACGCAAGUACGCAAGGCCGUCACAAAGAGAAGGGAAAUAAAGUCAGUUGCCUGGGAGGAAGAAAGCAUGCAUCUUUUAUAUUUAUUUUGGGAUGCCUCACAUCUGUUCUCAGAAUUAUGUUUCAUGUUUGUUCGAGGUGGACGUAAGCCUAUAUAUCUACGUACCUAUAUGUCAUGGACGAGUUUUAACCGCCUCACCAUAUAGAUGUUGCUACCUUUUUUUUGAUUAAUAAACAUGUUGCUACCUUCUGUAUACAUUAUUCACCGAUGUGUGAAAGCAUAUCUCUUCUAUGUUCUAUAUACAUCGAUGGCUUUGCCGCGAUGACUUUACUGUUUGUAUAAAACUGCAACCAAUCAUGG